AUGCCUACACAACAACGUUUUGCGACCGAACCACCACCAAUAGCUCCAAACUCUCAAUCGCGUAUUGAACGCUUCAAUCGCCGGCUACCAAAAUUCCUCCAUAAAUAUACAAAUGCACUCGGCUCAGCGCCCGUCUCCCACAUUACCGCCUUCCUCAUCCUCCACGAAAUCACCGCCAUUGUCCCACUCCUUGGUCUCGCAGCGACGUUCCAUUACACGCACUGGUUACCAGGAUGGUUCACAGAAGGUGCUUGGGCGUUACAGGGUGUCGAGCGGUUCGGGAAGUACUUCAAGAGGAAAGGUUGGAUCAGGAGCGAGGAAGCUAGCGAAGCGGAACUCGAGGUGGAGAUGCGUACCAGGGACAAGGCGUGGGACAUCGGAGAAGGCGGAGUGAGGUUAGUCGUGGAGUUCGCGACGGCAUACACAAUCACGAAGGUCCUUCUACCGUUUAGAAUCGUGGCGAGUGUUUGGGCGACGCCGUGGUUCGCAAGAAAGACUGUGGUGCCGUUGCUGGCCAAGUUCAAGGACAUCUUUCGAGGAAGGAACGGAAAGAGAGGCCAGGCAGGCGAUUUGGGCACCGGAGCUACUAAGUCGGACGCCAUUUCCAAGAACGGAGGCAAAGGUCUUGGGUGA